AAAAUAAUAAAAAAAGUUUGUAAGUUCUGUUUGGAUAAAGGUUAUAUUUAAAAACAUUUUCCAUGUUAACUAAUUUUUUUUCUUCGACAAUCACACUAAAUUAAAUAGCAAAAAUUCACUUGCUACACAGUCAAUUUUUAUUUAUUUUUUUGGGCGAAUCAUAUUUUGGCAAAUAACUAGAUACUUCGCUUUAUAUGAAAAAGACACGUGCUAAAAUAAAUAAUUAACUCAUCUAAAUAUUUUGAACACAUUAGAAUGAUUGAUAGGAAAAUAUGUGGGUGAGUUUCCAACCAAACUGAAACUGUUUUUGAAACUUUGAAAAUCCGUGUAUUAUUUUGUAUAUUAUAACAUUUAUUUACUAUAUUCAGUUCAAACAAAAACGUUUUUGAACAGUCAAAACAAAAACGUUUUUGAACAGUCAAAACAUCGAAUUAAUGAGUAAUCCACAAUGCUGUCCUUAUUCCCGCAGAUUAGAAAUAAAUUGCGAGACCCUACACCUGAGGAAACGGUUGAUGCGUCAAAUCACAUGUUUUAGAGGUACCUCAAUUGGAAUGGACAAUUGACUCAAAUGCAUGUCAAAUUUGUAUUGAUGUUAAUGGAGAAUAUUCUUAAAAACUCAAAAAAUAUUUGUUUUUAUUUUUCUAUCUCAAAACUAAAGUGGCAACCCUCGUAUAAUCAUUGCAGCAAAAGUAUUGCAACAACUGAAAAGUCAAUAACUAAAACAAUAAUGAAUAAUCCGAAAUUAGUAUAAAGGAAAGUAAUAUCAAAAUUAGUAUUGCAACCAGUUUUCAGUUCAAAAUAAAUUAUACUAUUUAAAACCACUCUUUCAUAAUGAAAAUUAACCUAUGUGUUAUAAGUUGUAGUUAUUCAAUAUAAUCUAGAAGUUUUUGUUUAUACAACACCUGUUGUUGACAAUCUAAGAUUUCUUCCAAAUUAAAUUAUACUACACUUUUGUUAAUAUAAACAAAACAAAAUACAAAUAUUUUGUAUAUGUAUUCGGCAAAUUUUAUAUCGUAAUAAAUUUUAAGUUUCAAUGUACUGGCCUAAACUAAACGUUCAGUAAAAUUAACGCUGAAACUAAUGCCCUACUUAAUAGUUGAUUCAGUCAGUCUGUAUCAUCGAACAACGAUGCGUAUGUUAUUUAUAGCAGUUGUUUUAACCUCAAUCUACUCGGUCCAGGGGUCGAAGAUUUUAAUGGUGUUUUCGUUACCCUCAAAGAGUCACUUUAUUCUUGGAUAUGCUUUAGCUAAAGGGUUAGUCAAAGCUGGACAUGACAUUACAAUGAUCACUACUUUUACAGACAAAAUUCCCGAAGGAAAGGGAAGUCUCAGGUUCAUUCCGAUCGAGAAUUGUGGCAAAAAAUUCGAGGAAUCUGAAAAAACAUCAGGAUUCAAUAUACUAGACAUGGCCAGUUCCAGCUCCUUCAUGAACCUCGCAGCUAUGAACUUCCUAGAUGACGCUUGUAUGAGAAACGCAUUCGUGGAUCCAGAAGUACAAAAACUCAUGAAAUCGAAAGAGAAAUUUGACGUUGUGUUAGUGGAAUCCUUAAUGACAGACGCAUUAAUCGCUUUCGGAUGUCAUUUUAACGCUCCAGUUAUUCUACUCGGUUCUAUCGGUGCGGCUGCUUGGAUAUCGAACGUAGUUGGUAAUCCAACUCCGCCAUCUUACGUACCCAAUACAUUUGUCACUUUUGCCGAGAACAUGACUUUUAUGCAAAGAACAGAAAAUGCGCUUUUAGAAUUACUAUCGAAACUUAAUUUUGAAUUGAACGUUUAUCCAGUUCAAAGUAAAUUGGUUAAAGAAUUUUUUCCUAAUUGUCCUGAUAUUCACGAACUUCAUAAAAAUGUUGCCCUCGUUCUUUCUAAUAGUCAUGAAAGUGUGAACGCCGCCACGCCAAAAGUGCCUAAUCUCAUCGAUAUUGGAGGGUUCCAUAUCUCACCUGGAGGAAAGCUACCACAGGAUUUGCAGAAGAUUCUUGAUAAUGCUAAAAGUGGUGUGGUGUACUUCAGUCUUGGAUCUCAUUUGAAACCAUCACAAAUGAAGAAAGACGUGAAAGAAGCCAUUAUAAAGGUGCUCAGUUCUCUUAAACAGACUGUUUUUUGUAAAUGGGACGCAGAGGAAUGGCCAAACAAAUCUGAUAAUAUAAUAUUAGGAAAAUGGUUUCCUCAGCAGGAACUUUUAGCUCAUCCAAAUGUGAAACUUUUCAUCACCCACGCUGGUCUUCUGAGUUUAACGGAGACAGUAUACGUAGGUAUUCCAAUUUUGGCUUUGCCCGUAUUAGGUGAUCAAAAAAUCAACGCAGCGAAAGCUGAAUCAUUAGGAAUUGGUUUAGGAUUAUCGAUUACUGAUCUUAGUGAAGAUACAUUCCGAAAUGCCGUCAUUGACAUAUUAAAUAAUCCUAAAUACUCAGAAAAUGUGAAAAGAAGAUCAGAAAUACUCCGCGACAGACCGAUACCACCAUUAGAUUUGGCAAUUUACUGGAUCGAGUAUGUGGCCAAAUACAAACAAGUUUCUCAUUUGAGAGUAUACGGAACAAAUUUACCUUGGUACCAAUAUUAUUUAAUAGAUGUUAUUCUAUUUUGGAAUUUUGUAUUUAUAAUGUCUGUGUAUAUAGUAUUUAAGUUGUUUAAAAGAAUAUGUUGUGCAUCUAAGAAAGAUAAACUGAAAAAAUCCUAGGUUUUAAUAUUUUAUUAAAUAAACGCUAUUAAAAAACAU